GCAUUGUUUGACGAUAAAACUAGUAAACAAAAAAAUAUCAUCUACCAGUUUGGUUUUGCGAAACUAAAAUCUAAAAUUUUACUUGUAUCUGAGUAACUUCAACAACAUAGCUUAUCAGAAACGAAGGAAAUUUAAGUUGAAAGGAUACAAUCUUGUUCUAGUCAUGUCAGAUUCCGAUGGGAAGACCACUCCAGUCAAAAUUAAAGAAGAGCUGGAUGAUGAUGAGCCUAAACUAAUGAGUUUAGAAAAACUAGAUAGAGGAUCACCAGAAAUUUGGCCAGCAAAAGGCCCAUCUAUGAAUGAGUUCAACACACCAAAUUUGAAUUUCUCCCCACCGGCAUGGACAAAAGGCUUAACCCAGGACGAUAUCAAUUCGAUGUAUCAAUUGGGUGCUUUAUCGUCCAACGGAAUAAUCGCCGAAGUGAAGAAAUUGUACGACCAGGCUUAUCAGUUGGGUGUCCAAGAAGCUAAAGAAAUGACUCGGGGUAAAUAUUUGAACAUCUUUACCAGCAGUCGUAAGAAAUCGUAACACAAUCGAUAGCUUCUAAUUUUAAAGAUUUGUUUUAUGUAACGUAGCAAUAAAACGCUGGAGACAUUUUUAUAAUCCGUAUAAUUCAUUUGGGGAUUUUGAUAAAAAA